AUGCUAAAUAGCCACAAUUCCACUUUGCAAGCCGAUUAUUUGACAGCUUAUAAAAAGCCUGAGAAAUCAUUCGCUGACACUGAAAAACUGAACCAUUUUGGCGAGCUACUUUCUGCAAAAUAUAGGGAAUUAACGAAAAGGGACAGUGUAAAAUCUGAUAGCUCAGUGCCUAUCUCUACAAAAGAUUUUGACCCUCAUAAAUAUCAUAUGGAGAGGAAUGUAAAAGCAAAAUUAAAGAGAAGUGGCGCAAUUAAAUACAAGAAGAUUACCACGUAUUUGAAAGGAAAAAAGAUUACGUUUAAAGGCAUUAAAUCGUCAGAUGCUGUUAGCUUUGAUGACAAACAUACCGCAAUAGAAAAUCCGAAUGAUUUUAAUGACAUGAUUCCAGAUGUACCCGUGUCAUUAAAGAAAAAGACUAUAAAAUUAUCACCUACAAAUCUAGUUCCUUCAGGAAAUAAUCAACCUUAUUCCUUGAAAUCAAAAUGUACUCAUCUUCCAAAAUAUAACAACAAUCCUUAUUCUUACAGUGUCAAUUAUGUAUUAAAUGACGAGCAAACCCCUCAAAAUGCCAAAUUCCCAACUCAGAACCAGGUCCUCUCAGAUGCUACCACUAUCCCGCAAAACGCUCAAGUACCUUCAAUAGAUGCUAAGCAUUUCUUCAAACCAACCACAGUGCCUAUUAUGGCACCCAAAGUUGAGCUCUCCAGUCCCAAUGUUACUGAAACAACUCUACCACAAGAGCCGGCAAAAAUAAGGCCUUCCAUUGUACCUCAAAAAAGAUUUUAUAAACUUCCCAGUAACCCUUCGAUUACCUGUACAAAACCUCUGCAAAGUAAAACAGUCUCACUAUCAAAAAGCAGUGACUUUAGUUUUUCAGAUCUGACGGGAUCUUCUAACGAACCUUCAAGUCACACAGCCAUUCCAGAUUGCUCUUCAGAUGCUACGUCAGAAUAUAGUUUACCAUCAAAUGAACCAUUCGAAGCGAGGAAGAAAGAUCUGGACAAAAAAGAACAAUUAUUAGAUAUGAAAGAAUUAGAGAUAAAAGAAAAAGAGGCAUUCGUUGAAGAAAAGGAAAAAUUGCUAGAAACAUGCAGAAAACUGAAUAACGAAGACCCCGUUCUAUUUAGCAAACCAUUCCACCUUUGCUCCAAAGCUAUUGAAGCAAGUGGAACUGAGUCCUUAUCAAGUAUUGACUUGGUUCUUUUGCAGGCGGAGGACAAGGAUAGCGUCGCUAGCGGUGACUCUUUCAAACGAGCGGUCACCAAAAAGAAACAAGAGUUUCUCAAUUCUUCCACCAGUAUUCCUAUACUGUCCGGAAACAAGUGUGCCUACCGACCAAGUUUCUUCUUUGGUGAUAGGAAAACUUCCAAACAGGUCUAUGUUUCUAAAGAGCAGGUUCUUCAAUUCAAUGAAAAUAAGAAGUUAUUAAAUGAAAACAGAGUUCUAGCCGAGCAACUAGAGUCAAUUAAAGAAAUCAAAGGUUCAAACCCACAUAUGCAAAUUCUAAAAGAUUUGAUUGAAACAAAGAGGCUUGUGGGAAAGCUUACCAAAGAAUUAAACGAAGAAAGGACUAGAAGGUUAGUGUCAGAAGAACUGUUAUUGUGCAAGAAAAACGGGAUCAAACCAGAAGUUAAUGACUUGGCUUUCACAAUUAGUCAACUGAAAAUGGAAUUAGAAAAGAUGUGA